UCCCUGGGAGCAUCCUUGUCUUGGAGGGCUACCCGUAUGACCAGCAGUGAAGCCAUGGACACCCUGGGGCAGUACAAGAUCACGGUGUGGGAGGAGGAGAACUUCCAGGGCAAGCGCUGCGAGUUCCUCAUGGAGUGCCCCAGCAUCAUGGAGCGCGGCUUCCGCAAGAUCCGCUCCAUCAAGGUGGAGUCUGGCCCCUGGGUAGGCUUCGAGUACCCUGAGUACCAGGGACAGCAGUUUAUCCUGGAGAAGGGUGACUAUCCCCGGUGGGAGGCCUGGAGCGGGAACAGUGGCUACCGGACCGAGCACCUCCUCUCCUUCCGGCCUGUCAAAUGCGCAAACCACAAUGACAGCAAAGUCAUCCUCUACGAGGCUGAGAACUUCCAGGGUCACAAGUUUGAGCUGAGUGACGACUAUCCCUCGCUGCAGGCCAUGGGCUGGGGCAACAAGGAGGUGGCAUCCAUCAAAGUGAACGCCGGAGCGUGGGUGGCAUACCAGUACCCAGGAUACAGGGGCUACCAGUACGUGCUGGAGCGGGACAGACAGAACGGCGAGUUCAAGAAGUACAAUGAAUACAGCAGCCAGGCCCACACCAACCAGAUCCAAUCCAUCCGCCGCGUCCAGCACUGA